AUGAAGGCGUCACUAGUUUGCCUUUUCGCCUCGGCGGCUUUGGGGGGUCUGGGAACCGCCAGCUCGGUCGUGGCGUCGCAAAGCCCUCGACCGGCAGGCGAGUCUCAACACGGAGCCGAGGACGUGUUGGUAAGCCCCGAGACUGCUGUCCUGGAACGACUCACGACGAAAUCACAGCCCAGUACGCGCAGGCUCACAAGCGCAAAGCAGUUCAGUCCACACUGGCGAGGACGUCAACGCCGGAGACAGUUCGAAACGCGAGACAACAGGCAACUGAAAAGCUCCGAAGAGCUCGGCAAAGAAGCGUUCCUCAAGCUCCGCAACCUCUCGGGCGACCGGACGUCGCGGAAGCUCGUCACGUUUGACAUUCUAAUCCCGUUCGCGCAAGCAGCCCUCACCGAGCUCAAGAAAUGGGACCACCCCAUCGGGCACGCGGUCAACGCGUUCGAGGACGCCGUCGCGUUCGUACAGAAGGAAAUCGGGGGCGAGCAGGUCCCCGAGAUAUACGGCAACAAGCUGAAGCUGCGAAUGAUUUGCUUCCUCAGCACCGAAGACCGGGACGACAGCGUGGGAAGGGCGUGCAGCCGACUCCGCGAGCACACGGAGCCGCAAGCCCUCGAGCAGGAACGCAAGAUAGAGACUCUGUUCAUGAAGAUCUUUGAGGACUGCGUCGCGGCCUCGUCCGUCACCGACGGCGACGAGCAGAACGAGUUGAUGCUCCGGCACUGCGAGGCGCUCAGCAGGCAGACGCUCGAUCUCAAGGAGGCGACGGAGCAGCUCAUUGCGUUUCGGGAGCUGGUGCAGCAGAGGGUCAAGCACGGCGGCCACGUGGACGUCAACGACGUCAACGAGGCCGCGAGGCUCAUCGAGAAGGGCGGCUUCGGCACGCUCGACAAGUCGGACCCGAAUUGGCCGACCAAAAUGGCCACCUUCUAUCUGGGCGACGUCUUGGCCUUGAGCGAGCCCAAGAAGGACGACCAGCCGGCGUGGCUUGGCCCGCCCAUGGUGUACGCACGAGACAUCCCGAAAAACCAUCCGGCCGAUGUGAAGGCGUCUCUUAUCGUCUACGAUGGAGUGUACAAGGGCCAGUUCACGGAGCACGACCUCGAGGGGGAGGAGUCGUGCUGGUCGGCUCUGGGCCUGGUGGAAUUCAGGCCUUACAACUGGGAUGAACGGUCUGCCGCGCUCACCUACGUCAACCUGAUUAUGCGGGCUUCCCAGCUUGAGUGCAAAGCCUGCGAGUCGCCCGAGACGCUGGGCUGGGAGCUCAGAUGCGGUUCAAUCGUGGCCUGA